AUGAUUUUUCAUACGGCCUAUUUAACACCUCCACAAUCCCUUUUAAACAGGCAUUCAUCAUUUGGCGAAAGACGAGUUCAUUUGUCGGGGCAAUCAGUAGGGGACUCUUUCACUGUCUUUGCCUACUUUCUUUUUGUCUUUCUUUAUUCAUUCUAUCUUUCUUUUUUAUUUUUGUCUUUCUUUGUCCUUUCUGUCUUUCUUUUUGAUUUCUUUUUGUAUUUCUUUGUCCUUUCUGUCUUUCUUUUUUCUUUUUCUCUUUCUUUUUUCUUUUUGUCUUUCUUUGUUCUUUCUGUUUUUCCUUUUUUUUCUUUUUGUCAUACAUUGUUCUUUCUGUCUUUCUUUUCCCUUGCUUUCGAUCUUUCCUCUCUAAUUCAUAACAUAAUGAAAGUCCAACACACUACAUUCCAUUCUGAAUUAACUAUAAUUUUCAAUUUAUCUAUCUAUCUAUCUAUCUAUCUAUCUAUCUAUCUAUCUCUUCAUUAUCUAUCUAUCUGUCGAUAUCUCUUCAUUAUCUAUCAAUCUAGCUAUCUAGAUGUCCACAUCUAUCUAUCUAUCUAUCUAUCUAUCUAUCUAUCUAUCUAUCUAUCUAGAUGCCCACAUCUAUCUAUCUAUCUAUCUAUCUAUCUAUAUAUAUAUAUAUAUAUAUAUAUAUAUAUAUUCAUUAUCUAUCUGCCUAUCUAUUAUCUAUCUAUCUAUCUAUCUCAAUUUUGGCUGGUUUCUCAAUCACUGAUCUAUAACCACUUAGCGACAUCACUCAUAUUUCUACUCGCAAGAAGGAGUGUUUUGAAUGUUGGAUCAUCGACAAAAUGGCCCCCACCAAGAAACCACGACACGCCGGGCGACACGCCGGGCAACACGCCGGGCGACACGCCGGGCGACACGCCGGGCGACACGCUGGGCGACACGCCGGGCGACACGCCGGGCGGCACACUGUGCGACCCGCCUGGCGGCACACCGUGCAGCACGCAAAUUGCAUUAUAA